GGGGCCUUUCUGGUAGGCUGCAGGAGUUCCCCCAAGCACCACGGUAGUUCAGUAGAUCGACGACUUUUAUCGGAUAAGCAGCGAUUUCCAGCGAGCUCCGCCCGCAGAGAAGUCUGCAGAGAAAAGUGUGAAAGGAAGAAAAGCACUCCUUAGAGUGAAGGUGUUGGGCGACCCCCCUAGGACUAGAACGGGUGCAACAGAUUGUGCUUGGACUGUGGGCCUCCAAAGUGUAUAUGGGCAUAGUCGAAGGAGGUUGAUCGUUUAAUCCGGGAUUCUGAAGCCAAAAGAAAGUUUUUGUGGUGUUAGUGAUCGAGUGAUCCGCACUAGUAUCGCGGGACCCCUUGACGCCGUGAUCGCGUCCCUGUGGACGGAUAAAAAAAAGUGCAGGAGUGCGCGCUGUGGAAUUGUGGUGAAGGGUAGUGAAAUUUGCUAGUCUCGUUGUGUAGGAAAGUGAAUGUUGUUUGCAGCCAGUGUCGACCUUUUUUCUCACUCUCGGUCGUUUGUGCUGAUAGCCGUCUGUGGUAGUGCAUGUUUCCCAGAGUUCCGUAAUAACCCCUGGUGAAUGGAACCGUGACAGUGAUUGCACCGAGCAAAACUAGGAUACAGAUAAGCAGCUCGAGCAGAGUGAAGUUUGAAGUGAGUUACUGCGAAGAUUCCAGCAGGAUAUAACAUUUGACGAAACCAAAAAAAGCAGUGUUUUCCCGAGAUUGGUGUUCCAAUGCAGCUGUUCAAACUGCGUCGUCGUCGUCGCAACCAGCAUUGAUCGUUGUUGCACACUGCACGUGCUCGGAAUCCACGAAGCUCCACUCUGCCUGCCGGUGCAUUUGUUUCCCGGCCCAUUUCGGUGGUCCGUGUUUCGGCAAACCGCCACUCCGAAUGACUGACAAAUGGUGGCCUGAAGAGGUGCAGAAGAACUUAUCGAAAUACCGAGAACCAUAAUCGGAAUCGGGGUUAAAGCGGUGCCGGACUUUGCGAGAAGGAACUUCAAAGGCCCCUUCGUUGUUCUUUUUAGUUCUAAGCAAAAAGGGGGAGUAGGAAGAGUGUGGACACAGUAGCCUAAGUGAAGUUGGAGCCAAAAUACAAGCUGUUGUCCAUCCAAUAAUCGGUCGAGCAAAGGGCGGAGAGGAGGAAUAGGUGGAAGGAGUUAAUUGUUUUGAAGUGAACGACUCUAUACGGGAGCCAGCAAUAAGACAAACGCAGCAAUGUUUCCGCUUCAACGAGGAGCGGCAACAUGGUUACUUCUGCUGGCAACGGCACUGUCACUGUGCGCUUCCAGCAGCAAUGGCGGUGUGUCGGCGGCAUCGGAAGCUAACCAGCGAGUAGUAUGCUACUACACCAACUGGUCCGUCUACAGACCGGGCACGGCCAAGUUCAACCCACAGAACAUCAAUCCCUACCUGUGCACCCAUCUGAUCUACUCGUUCGGUGGCUUCACCAAGGAGAAUGCGCUGAAACCGUACGACAAGUAUCAGGACAUCGAGCAAGGCGGCUUCGCAAAGUUCACAGGCCUGAAAACGUACAACAAGAACCUGAAAACCAUGCUCGCCAUUGGCGGCUGGAACGAAGGCUCUUCGCGCUUCUCUCCGAUGGUUGGCGAUGCCGAACGACGAUCGCAGUUCGUCAAGAACGCCAUCAAGUUCCUCCGGCAGAAUCACUUCGACGGGUUGGAUCUGGACUGGGAGUAUCCGGCCUUCCGCGAUGGAUCCAAACCGAAGGAUCGGGAAAACUACGCCCAACUGGUGCAGGAGCUGCGUGAGGAAUUCGACCGGGAGUCUUCGAAGACUGGUAGACCAAGACUUUUACUUACGAUGGCUGUACCAGCCGGUAUAGAGUACAUCGAGAAGGGCUACGAUGUGGUCAAGUUAAACAAAUAUCUGGACUGGUUCAACUUGCUGACGUACGAUUACCACAGCGCCUACGAGCCGGCUGUGAAUCACCAUUCGCCACUGUUUUCGUUGGAGGAACCCUCCGAGUACAACUUUGACACCGAACUGAACAUUGACUACAGCAUCAAGUUUUACCUGAAUGCCGGUGCAGAACGUGAGAAGUUGGUUCUUGGUAUUCCUACCUACGGUAGAUCGUACACGCUGUACAACCCAGACGCGACCGAAAUUGGCUCCCCUGCAGACGGUCCUGGUGAGCAGGGUGAUGCUACUCGCGAGAAGGGUUAUCUAGCGUACUACGAAAUCUGUACCGCUGUGAAAGAGGAUCCCGAGUGGACUGUGGUGCAGCCCAACCCCAAGGCAAUGGGUCCAUAUGCGUUCAAAGGUAACCAAUGGGUCGGCUAUGACGACGAAGCUAUCGCUCGUAAGAAAGCCAAAUACGUUGCCGAGAAUGGACUGGGUGGAAUUAUGUUCUGGUCGAUCGAUAACGACGAUUUUCGGGGAACCUGUCAUGGAAAACCUUACCCGAUCAUUGAAGCCGCUAAGGAAACGUUGCUUGCUAGCACGGAUGUUGGCGUCAAUGAUAUUGCAGCCCCAAGCCGUCCCCGGAAACCAUCGAGAUCACGUAGUCGACAGGGAAGCAGCAGCACCAGCCGGAACCGUCUGAACAACGAUAACAACAAUGAGGUCAAAUCGUCGUUCAAGAACACCCCGAGUAGGAAGAACGUCCGGCCAACGGCACGAUCAACAACAACUACCACAACAAGCACCACAACACAUAGUUCGCUGUACAUCGGAGGACGUACUACGACCCCACAGCCACCGACAACUCCGGAUCCGGGAGCGGACUUCAAGUGCACGGACGAAGGUUUCUUCCAGCAUCCACGUGACUGCAAGAAGUACUUCUGGUGUCUGGACGCUCCCAGUCUCGGUUUGGUGGCCCAUCAAUUCACCUGUCCCUCGGGCUUGGUGUUCAACAAGCUGGCCGACUCGUGUGAUUAUGCCCGCAAUGUAGCCUGCACAACACCAACCACAACCACCACGACGAGCACUACCACUACGUCAACCACCUCCACGACGACAUCGACCACCACACCGGCACCGCGAGCCCGCGUCACCGCUGCUACCAGCAGGAACACCUUCUACAAUCGUGCCUUCACCACGACCUCCACGACUGAACCGCCGAUUGAGAGCGAUUACUCGGAAGAGGAAGUGGUAGAGGAGAAUCAGGCCGAGGAGGAUCCAAUGGUGAUCAAGGAGCUGAUUGCGCUGAUCAAGCGUGUUGGUGGUAUCGAGGAGCUGGAGCGUCAACUACAGGCCCAAGAGGAUGGAACGGUUGUGCUAAAGGGUGCUUCGACGGACCAGGUCUCGACAACUGCCUCCACGAUCAGCAAGAAGCUUUACGAGCGCGUUCUGAGCCGAGCUGGAAACGGGCUGCAGAAAUUCCGACCGGCGUUGACAUUCACCCAGACCGAUAAGACCGGUACGACGGAAAACAAGUACUCGUCGGUGGUGAGAAAUAGUAACAGUAACAGCCGCGUGGCACCCCAGAACGAAGGUAUCGAGCAGCUGCCGGAGUUCGAGGGAGUUUUCAAGGAACGACCGAAGUAUGUUACGCUGCACAGGUCCAAACCGACUCGGGCUAGUGUCGAGGAGGAGGAAGCCGACGAGCGACUUGAUGAUGUUGAUGAACUCGAGGAGGAAGAGAACCAGCCUUCAACCUUCGCUACGCGAAGACCCACGUCCAGUCCGAAAUAUGUUAGCAUAAGACGGCAGCGACCAACGACGACGACGGUGGUUGAUAGCGAAGAGGAUGAGGAGGAGGCAAGUGUGGCCGCGCCUGUGCAGUAUAGCAGCUUGAGCCGAAACCGGCAGAGACAGACCACCACGGAGGAACCCAUUGUUGAAGAAGUUGAGCGAGUACCGAGUCGGUAUAACACAAUCGAACGGCGCCGUGCUCCCGUGCAGUACAAUCGCCUGCAGGAGGGUGAUAAAGAUGAUGUAGGCACAGAUUCGUCUCUAUUGGUACCUUCUACCGAUUUCCAAUCCAUUUACACUACAUCGUCCACUACCGAUGCACCAGAACAGUUCAUCACGUACAAUACACGACAGUAUGCUAGUGUAGAGCGUAGUAGCACUACCGAGGCGCCACUGACAGGCCCGGGUGCUACCGAUCUACCACAGACUACCCCCAUUCCAACCACAACCACAACAGCCACAGGCCACAUUGUACAGUACCUCAAUACAGACUUCCAGACAGAGCUUCCCGAGAGGGAGACUCCGUCGGACACAAUUUCAGAUUUAGAUUUAAGCAAGACCGAAACGGUGGACUCUGACGCCCUCACAACGGAUGACGCGAUGAACGUAGAUUUUAGCAAAAACGAACAGAACUACGAGGUAACAACCAUACUAAAUCUAGGUGAAAGCAUCACUGGUAGUAGUGUUAGCGAGCUGGAGGCGAAAACCUAUAGAAGUAGUGUUGGUUCUAGUGGUGAUAGUGUUAAUCCUAGCGUGCAGGAGUCUGCUGAAGAUGAACUCCUGCUGACAACGGCGCAGGCACCAACGACGACAAUUGUUAGCGAGGUUCAAACCACGAGCACCGCUAGUCCCUCAACAACAACAACCGUUAGCACAACUAGCGAAAAACUGACCAGUACUAACGAUGAACAGUCUAACUCAAUUUUCAAAUUCCCACCAAGAACUAGGAAAACCACCACAACCACCACCACCACCGCUAGUCCCUUAGAAUUUGUCACUAAUAAACACGAGUCCGAUAGUCAAUUAACUCCUACGCAGGCUGCUCCACGCCCGUUCGGUGGGGCAGUCCGGCGUACGCGUCCAACACGUCGCCCACUGGGUAGCGCAACAACGACCACCACGGCACCGGAAGAAUCCACCACAUUGCGCUCGGUAAAGGUGAGUUUUGCCAAAGGCCAAAGAUAUGAUCUUUCAGCUAGACGUAGGAUCGGUGUCGCCGGACCGUCCCCUGCGGUGAAUCCCAGCGUCGACGUCGAGGUAGGUAACGCUGGCGGUUCACACAGCGACGAACCGAGCACACGGCCGUCGACACGUCCACGAGGUUACCGUGGACGCGUCCGGUUCGGAUCAUCUACUGAACUUAGUUCGAUCACUUCGAGCGAGGCUACUACCACUGGGGCUAGCGAGCAAUCGCGACGUCCCUCGCUAGAUUCUUUCGCACGCAAUCGAUUUUCAUUGAACCGCGCCGCUUCCAGUCGGACCACUACGACGGAAGCUACGACCACAACUACAACCGAUCGGAUCGCGACCACCACCGAGCUGCCCGUUGAGCAGUUUUCGGCGAGGGCCUCGCUGAGACGGGUUAAUUUCAAUCUCUACAGCGGUAGAUCGACCACUGAGGGUGGUACCACCACAACGGAGGAGCCAGAGAUCGAAACGGAGCCGCCAGUGACGGACACGAAGGUUAAAUCGCACACCGGAGUCAACGAAGAACUUUUCAAGACUCAGGAACGCAUACUUCUUACGUUGGGAACUGCGUUGGAGUACGGCUUCAGCAAUCGCAACGAGCUCAACGCUCGUCGUAAAGGAUCGGUGAACGAAGCCCCGAUUACGAACAUCGUGAAAGAACAACCAAUCACUCAGGGUCACAGCGAAGAUACUAUAAACACCCGGUUGGCUGAAGAUGUGAACGAAAUGGCCACAGAGCAUGAUUUUGGAACAUCAUCGGAACGCUCUCUGUCUCUGUACGAGAGCACAGUUGGUGACUUGGAACGAUCGACGGAAAUCACCACAAUUAACAGUCUCAACGAAGCAGUUGUAGAGACAACAACUCCUGGUCAACGGAAGUUCUUCGGUGCUCUUCGCAACCGUGCCACGGCAAGUGUCUCCACAACAGAAUCCAAUGACACCACCCUGAAGGUAGUCGUAUCUGAGGUGAAUACCAACAAAACCUUCAUCCCUGGGCGUCUGCGACCCACCCGACCGAGUCGUCUGCGAUCCACCACCAGCAGUUCAUCGGAGAGUCUGAAUGAAGCUUCAACACUGCGAUCGAAGUUCUCGUCUAGACAACCCACUGUGGCACCGAACGCUAACGCCAUUUCAAGUGAAGAGACUCCAAAACCAUUCCGGAGACCAUCACCCUUCGCUAGACGCCAGCGCCCGACAUUAUCUACCUCAUCGCCUGUUUCCUCUGUUUCGGAGAUCACCAGUAGUGAGAUCACCGAGAAGACACCUGGAAUCUCCACAACCGUCGUUAGACGUCGUCCUGGUCGCAGGCGUACAACGCCAGUGCCCGCAUCAAGUUCGGAGAAAUCCGUAGAAGAAGUUCUUCAUCGCGAGCGUCCUUCGCCAUUCAGCAAACGACAGCGUCCCCUAGUUGGUCGUCCUAGCUCGACAAGUACCAGCACGGAGUUUCAAACAACUGCCGCUCGUGCGGCAACCACCACCACAGUGGAACCAAUAACCGCAGAACCGACCUAUGCUGACAGUGCCGUCGGCAACUCCGACUUCACAACCGUUAUCUCGGAUGUAUCGAACGAAAUCGAGUCCAGCUUCAUCCUGAACAACGUUCUUGACAGCGAGAAUCUGCUGCGUCGGAUGUUAUCCGAAUCGCAGGAAGCCUUUACCACGGAUGAUGCCACCGAGAUGCCGUCCACAAUCGUAACCUCCGAGCAGGCUACCGAAGAAACCAACCGUGUGACCCCCACUCGGAAACUCACAACCCCAGCCCGACGGCUGCUGAGUGAAAUCAGCGACAAUCAGCAGAUUGAGUCAGAGGUUAUUCCCAGUCGUAGCCCGGCGCGUACCUUCGGAGGCGCCCGCAAGAAGUUCGGAGCGUCAACCACCACUACGACCACCGAAUCACCCGAGGUGUCCACCGUGAAGAAAUUCGUUCCAUCGCGAAAGAACAGACCAUCGUUCUCGGUGGCGAAGGCACGAUCCAGUACCACAACGGAAGAGUCGACCGCUCAGGAGCAAGAAACACCGUCAAGCUCAACGGCCCGAUCCUUUGCACCAUCUAGGCGCCGAACACCGCUCAAUGUGGGUGCCCUUCGUACCACCACCCCUUCGGUAGCGGCUAACGUUGACAACAGUGACAGCUUCCCCAGCAGGGCUCCCACUCCGGCACGCAAACGUCCAGCGUUCGCAGCGAACCGGCCCUCGCGCCCCCAGUCAUUUGAGGAUUCGUUUGACAAGGGAUCGUCGAAUACAGCGGUGAAGCCGAGUACCGAGCGCAAGGUGAACCGCACCUCGGUUCUGCUACCUCGGAGACCUAAUUUGUUCGCUCGGACAACGACCACCACCACGGAGGGGUAUACUGAUUUCGAGACCGAUCUUAAGACUACCCUAGAGGAUGAGACUAGUGCGGAGAGGUAUGGUACCAGUACUCGCGGGUACACCGAUAUCAGGCGACCUUCGUCUUCGGAGGAGAGGGGGGAUGGGGUGACGGGACGAUUCAGCGGAGAGGUGGAGGAUGAUGAGAAUGAAAUUCAGAGACAGGGAAAACGUUUGUUUGGUGGACUUGGCAGCGAGAAUAACAAUGUUGAUGAUGAGGAUCAUGGUGGUCGAUCGAAGGAACGAGUGUCGGGUGAGGUUGGAACGUCGCAGAGACGACCUGGACCCAGAGUGGUUGGGUCGGGAUCAAGGAGAGGAUCUCCGGGUAGCAAUACGCGGUUUAUCUUCAAGAAUAAUCAACCACUGGAGGGACCAACAACUACAGCCAGAGUAAUCACAACUAGAUCGCGUAGACCUUUUGGAAAUGUUGGAGGUUAUAAGCCUUCGAAUGUAACGACGGCUGGGGUAACAUCUGGUGGAGGAGCAGUUGGAGGAGCAUCAACCGCCAGGCCGCGAUUCACGCUGACCACACGAGGAAGGUCCGUGUUUGGAAGACAGCGAUCCACAACAUCAUCGCCCGCCGCGGGCAUUGCGGAAGACAAAGCUACUGCUCAAAGAACCAGCGAAGUUCAACAGGCGACACCCGGUUCCAGACGCUACCAACCGCGGAAGCCUUCGAGAAAAUCAAAUCUGACCUCAAUCUCUACUCCAGUGGGUAGCGGUCGAACGCGACCGAAUCUGUCGACACUCUUUAAUCGUAACCCGGUGGUACUACUAACAACAACCGAGCCGACAACAUCCGAUCUAAUCCAACCAGAGACGACGCUUCCGAGCGUAGAUCCACAGACGACGGCUACGGUGCUGCCGGUGGAGCAGCAGUCACCGCCACAGCCAACCACAACACCCAAGACACUAGAUAUCGAGAACGAGAUCGAGAACACCACGUCAUACGAAGAUACAAUCAAUACAGUCAGAACUACAACCGAAUACUACACUGCAUCCGAUGAGACUCUCUACACCACACUCAAUACGGCCGACACAAUUUACACCAUUAAUGAUAAUAUCGAUAUUGAUGAUGUCAAUAUAUUGCAGGAACGUAGUAGAACAUCCACCACCACGGUCCGACCCACGACGCUCUACCACGUGUUCUCGAUCGAUAAGGAGAGCGAAUCGAUGCCGUCCUCGACGGAGAUCUAUCGCACCGAAGAGCAAGAGAUCGAACUGCCAGCUGCGAACAAGACGGACAAACUGGUCGAGAUCCAUCGCGUGGUGGAGAUUUACACGAAGAACACCAGCAACCCGGACGAGAUCCCGGUGAUGCAGAAGCUGGGCGAGAUCAAUCGGAAGAUUAUCAUCCGGCUGGUGGAACCAAAGAACAAAACCGACGCCGAAGACAACGAUAAGAAGAACCGGAUGCUGCUGUUCGCUGAUAAUGUGUUCAACGUGGAAACUUCGACGAUCCCACUUCAGGGAUUGUUCGACCCGGAUAAGGAUGGUAACACCGGAAGGGCACAGGAAUUCCACACGACUGACGUCAAUCUUGAGGAGGAAGUGACCACGAUGGUACCAAGGGUGGAAAUUGAACAUAUUGCUAGCUCAGAUUUCGCGAAUACGGAACGGACACAGGAGGAGCUGGUGACGAUCACGCCACAAAUCACGGAAACGGAACGCUACACUCAGGUAACUACUUCAACUGCUAAACCAGAUACGGAACGAACUCUAGAUUUUGAAGAUAGUACAGUGAAUGAGGACGAAGAAAGGGUAUUUGAUUAUUACACGGAGGAGUUACCGACGACGGUAUCGGUUCAGAACUCGCCCCCGACAACGACCACUGCCACCACAACGGAAGCCCCAACGACCACAACUCCGACAGAGGCUCCGAUUUCGUCGACGACACAAUUUGUUCACAAGUACACACUUCCAGCUGAAUUCUUCUUCCAGGAGCCCUCGGAUGAGCCAGCGACGACCACGGUGGCUCCCUCUACAACGUCUACGACAACCCCAACGACGACUACCCCGACUACUACAACAGAACUGGAGACUACCACCACAACCACAACUACGACCACCACACCAGAACCAACGACGACAACAAUCCAGGAAACAACCACAACUCCGGAGCGUGUUCGACCACUGUUCGUACCGACCGCUGGGACGAAGAAAAAAUACACCAAACGACCCAAGACCACCGUCUACCGACCCCAGUUGGACUUUGUUUACACGAACGAAAACUCGGGCGAAGAUGAACCGGCCGUCGUUACCGAACAUGCGACCGAACCGCUACCAAGUACCUCAACCCCGAGGAUACAGAGCACCAGUAGAAGGUACGUUCCGUCCGGUACCCUGCGUGCUAACCAAGGUGAAGGCCCGUCCCAUAGAAAGUCUAAGGACAUUCAAGUAGUACCACUGCCCAAGGCAGCCCCACGAGCAAUAUCCGCCAAGCCAACGACAACUCCUAUUCCCAUUCCAAUUACCACUACCACAACUCCAGAAGAAACAACAACAACGACAGAGAAGACGACCCCCACCACCACUACCACUACUACAACCACCACAACCGAAGCUCCCAUCACGAAGGUAGACUUCAACAUCAAGUACGUGGUGCCGAUGAUCACGCAAGACUUCAACGCUGCCGAGCUGAAGAUCGAAAGCAAGAACGACAAAUACAGCGUUCCGCUGUCAUCGCUCUACCAUCCGGACUUUAUCACCAAGGAAAUAUCCGGCGAGCAGCGCCAGGAGCGGCAGUACUCGCCGGUGUAUCGACCGGAGCUGGACAACGAUGAGCUAACGCGGGCGCUCACCAGCGAUCCCGAUCCGGUCGCCCUUGAGGCCGCCAGUUUGGAUCGUGAAAUCUUGGGUGACCGCAGCCUCGUUGAUAGUGGCAGUGAAGAACGGCCCGAUUUCGUCGUCCCGCGCACCAUGAAGGCGUACUUCUUCCGACGAUCCGGGGAGGUCAGUUAAAUCCCCCUGAACCCAGCUCCCCAAAACACGCGCGCACCCCAACACAUACACACACCCACCCAACCUGUUUUGGUAGGGGUGAAUGAGUAGUUGUGUACCACUAAUACAAGAAAACCAAAAUGUGCUACUCACACGGAGGAGAGACUUGAAUAACUCAAACCGUUUCGACGUCAAGACGUCAUGACGUCUGUGCGCGAACACGGUCAUCCCAAUCUAUUCGACAUCAACACGUAACCGCUCCCCCUGUUCGAAACAACCGUGUUGCCAUAGAUUUUAACUAAUUUAUUGUUCUUUCUUCUAACCUUGAGAAAAAAAAACUUUUUUUGAUGCUCUGUUCAAUCUGUUUGUGUGUAUGUUUAUUCCCUGGUGCCUCCCCCUCCUUCCUGCUUACUUUUUCUUCAUACUUUAGUUUUAGCGUGUAAAUUUGUUGCGUGUGUGUGAGUGGUAUCUAUGCUAACCCCUAUUUUUCGAAGCUUCGCCGCGGCUCGUGGCCCGGCACUAUUCGUUCUGAUACAUUUCUUACCCUACCCUCUACUAGCCUUGUGGUAUAUGUAAGUAAAGUGAAGUUCUACUGAAUGCGAACACACGACUGUAACCGUUGUUGAUGUAGUUGUUGUUGUUGAUGAUAAUCUUGAUGCACGACUUAAACAAAUUUGUUCCAAAUGUCACAUUAUAAAUGAGCACUUGUGAAUGACUGUGCAACCUAAAACUCACAAUUCAAUUGCUAUCCUUAAUUUCACUCUUUUUAACUUUGUAACCUCUUCUAUGGAUGCACCUUGAAAUCUCUGCGCGAGCGUUGCACUGUCACGCAAGAGUAGUUUCACGCAUCCUAAAUUGUUUCCAAACCAAAACUUUUUUUUUUUGUGAACUCCGUAUGUAUAGAAUAUAGGUAGUCGGAGCUAAAUAUCGCUAGUUCGUAAGAGAAAGCAAAAUAUGCAAAACAGUGACAGGAGGGCGCGAUAAAUCUUUAUAUUGUAUAUUUAUUAUAGUGGUUUUGAAUCUGAACAAAACACUCGUGUAAUUGCACUGAUUCGGAGUUUGCCUGUUUUUUUUGUUUACGGUAGGAUUAGGGUAGCAAAUAUUCGCUACAAAUACACAAAUAGAAAAGAGUCAAUUACACCUCCUUCCCAAUAUCGAUGAAUUGUUUUUAUGUAAAUAACAUUUAUUAGUGAAUAUACUUAUCAACUUAUUUUACCUUUAUUAUAAACGAAAAAACAAACCCAACCAGUAAAGAAACAGCGAAAUGUAUAUAGUAAUUAUUAGUAAUUUAAUCCUCAUCCGAGAGAGAGAGAGAGUAGGAAUCAACGAACACCAAUCUAAUAUAAACAAGUGUAUCGAAAACCAACAACAAAAAUCUGUUGUUAACAACACUGUUCUUUCUGUAUAGACAAACAAACAAAAGAGACACGCUGGAACAAGCAGCAAGUUUGAAAUCUGAAAACACACGCUUUUUUCCUUUCGAUUACCUGAAACACCAUUUACCUAGUUUUAAGAGUGACCAAAAAUGAAAAAAACACACACACUUCACACCACAUCAAAAUUUUGCGACAUCUAGUCGUUAGUGUGUUAGCCGUCAGUCAGCUGUCAGUGUCAGUAUCAGGGACGAAAAACGUUUUGCCACGGGUGGCCUGCAGAUGGCCGAGGUAUCGUCGGAACGCGAGAGACUGAUGCAAAGGUUCGUCCCCAGUUCCGGCCAGCAAUCCGUCGUCCUUUCGGGGGUGGUCCAGCAACAAGCAACGCAGCCUCAGCAACAGCAACAACCGUACGCACCAAAAGCACACCGAGAUCUGGCGAGAGUGGC